CCGAAGCGUUGCCUGAAAGAAACUUUAAAUGCGACUUUUGUCAAGUUUGAGCUUAGGUGCAAGUUUAGGGGCAUGACUGACUAUUGUUUCUCGAUUUGGCUAAAAGCCUUAAUUGAGGCUUUAAUAUGGCGGCCAACAAGUCAGUAGAAGAUGAAUACAUGCCACGUCCGAACCAGAGAGGUCGAAACAUAACACAGAUAGGCAAUAAGAUCACAAAGAAGGGAAACACGGUGAUAGAGAUAGGGAACACUUCAAAUGUUGCCAGUGGUGAUGUGUAUCAGAGAGAUAAUGAAAUUACUGAGGAAGGGAACUUUACCUAUCAAUCAGGAAAUGUAACAAAUGAGACAGAAUACGACGAACAUCAUGAUGAAGCGACAGAAGCAUCGGGUGUUGACGAUUCCACUGACCAAACUAUACCCAUUCGAGGAAAACUGAGAGACAAACACAGAAGUAUAUUAACAAAAGAGUAUAAAUUCUUACUUGAGGAACUCGAUGCUAAGCAAUUAACAGCGCACCUGUUUUCUAAAUGUAUCAUAGACUUGGAUGCUCAAAACGAAAUUCUGGAACAGAAGUAUAGAAAGGAUCGCACACGUGUUUUACUAGAUAAAUUAUUAGACUCUGGACCACGGAGAGCAUUUCCUGAGUUCAUAAAUUGUUUAGAAAGUGAAUACCCGCAUGUUGCAAAGAAAUUAAAAGACCAAAUGUAAAUUUCUACAGCGGAUACUUAAGUUUUAAAAGCUUAGCUUUUUGUAAGCAAGUUUAAUAAACCAAGGUUAUUAAAUAACUUAUUUAGUUGGUAAUGUAGGUCUAUGUUUUUUUUAAAUAUUUUCUUUUAUUUGUUUUUUAUAAAAAAGAUGUGCAAGAUGUAUUCAUUAUUAAACAUCUACAUCAUUUACUUAGCUUGGUGUAUAUAAUUUCGUUUCCUCUUGAUAAGUGUAUAUUGUAAUUCACUUAUAAAUAAUUUUUAUUCGCUUAUAUAAUUCACAACCAGUACUUUCUUUUUUGCUCUUUAAAAAGAUUAAAACUAUUGAAAUAGUAUAUAUGAUUUUUAGCAUAAAUA